UAGUCAGACUCAGACAGACAUUAACGUGACUCUUCUUUCUCUCUACAAACCCAGAAAUCAUUCUUGCUUCUCAGCUUUUUUUUUUUUUUUUUUUUCAUUUCAUUAACUUUGAAGACACUGAAGAAAAAACAUCGCAACAAUCCAGAGAAUUGGCGAAGAGGGCUGCUUGAGUUUCUUCGAUCCAAUUCCCUUUUCUUUUACUCAGAGUAAGAGAGCUAACGAUGGGGAGUGUUACUCCUCCUGGUGAUGUUCACAAGAAUGAUCCUGAGCUUGAAGAUGAGAAUCUACCUGAGGAAAAUGGUUUAUUGAGGUCAGAGAGCUUGUUGACUCACAAAAGAGAGCAAUGUAGUUUAGUUUCAAGGAGCGGAAAGUGGCUACAGAUCGUUAAAAACGGUCCCAGAGGUUCGUUAUCUCGCGCCACUAGCUUCGUGCUCGAUUACAACAUCCCAAGGCAUUUGCUGUCAUUGGACGAGAAGUAUCUCCGUCGCUGCCUCGACCUGAUUAACAUCACUGCCUUUAACUCAGCUAGUCACAGCCUUUCCAUGAAUCUUGUUGGACCAAAUAUGAGUUUUGAUUCACCUGUGAUGAUGAUGAUCCCCAAAGAAGAUGUUGCUCGCCUUGUCUUUGAUCUUCCUUUGGUAGAUGAUUCAGGCAAUGCAGUGAUUAGUCCUGCAAUCACAGGUUGCAAGAGGGUUACACACAUGGUUGUUGAUAAACCUUUGUUAUGUGAUGAUGUUGUCUCUUUAUCAAGCACAAACUCAAGGAGUUCUUCUUCAUGUUGGUCUCCGUCUUCAACGGUUUCUCAAGGAACACUUCAGUUCACUAUGAAAGACAACAAGACUCCUCAUUUUGUUUUCUCUUUGGAUGGUCAGAAAGAGAUCUACGUAGCUAGCUUAACCACUAGUAGUCCUGGACCGAGUUUUGACCGUAGUUCGAAAGACUAUUCGUAUCUGAUCCAUUUGAAGAAAGGCCACAGGUCUGAAUUGGUUGGUAAACUAAAGGUGUCAACAUUGUUCUCUGUCUCAUCCACUAAUCAAAAGGUCGUAGAGAGACAGUUUGUUCUAUUCAGUACUGGUGUGAAUCCACAGUUACCAAGCCUUAUCAAGAAAAGUAGAGGAUUGUCUAAGAAAGUCGCUCAUGCGAUUAGAAGCACCACACGAGCAGCUUCUUUAAGGCAAAGAAGUAGUAUCUCAAGAUUCAGUAGAACAAGCUCAGUAGCGGAUUCUUGUUCUUGGGAGCCGUUUCAUGAACCAGCCGUGAGUUUACUAGAUGACAACCUUCCACCAAAUCUUGAAACCUUAGCUGUUGUUGUGAGGGAACAGUAUGAUGAGGAAGAGAAAGUUGGAGGAGGAGGGGGAUGGGGCAUGAAGUUUCUCAAGAAAGCUCCCUUGGCUCGAACCAAGCAUUCAACGAGCGUAGAUGUUGUGAUUCCUUCAGGGAUUCACGGAGGGCCGAGAAGCAGAAACGGUGGUGGUGGUCCUUCGAGCUUGGUUGAGAGAUGGAAGUCUGGAGGAAGCUGUGAUUGCUCUGGAUGGGACCUUGGUUGUCCCUUGACCGUCUUUAAAGGCCAAAGUGAAGAAGGUCAAUGCAAUCUAUUUGAGCUCUUCUCAGAGGGAUCAAAGCAGGGGGUUCCUCCUGGAGUGAGGAUCAUGAGUGUACGAGAUGGUCUUUACUUUGUCCAUUUUCAAGCGAAUAUAUCUGUUUUACAAUCUUUUUCAGUGGCUUUGGCAUACAUUCAUAGCCAGAGCCAGAGACUCAGGCCAUGGUCGUCAGGGAAGUGUUUGUAGAGAAGCUUAGCUAGCUAAAGAGAGAGGAUUGCACAGAGUAAAGAUAGGCAAAAACUCAGCCUUGGUAAUUUUGGCAGGUUCUUGAGUUGCAUAAUAUGUUUUAUACUUUUAUUCAUAUAUUUUUAGUUUAUUCGUUUACUAUUAUAUAUUUUUUUAAAUAGAAAAUGCUUCUUUACUUGAAAUCACAUGCAUGUUUGGUAAAUGCUGACUUUCGAUUUUGAUAUUUAUGAUAUUCUGGUUUUAUAUA